CAGACAGAGACACGCGGGAACUCUUAGGAGGUCAGCAUGGCGGUGUUUGCAGAUUUGGACCUGAGAGCGGGUACUGACCCGAAAACUCUUCGCGGACUAAUCGAGACCGCUGCGCACCUUGGAUAUUCAGUUGUUGCCAUCAAUCAUGUUGUUGACUUUAAGGAAAAGAAACAGGAAAUUGAAAAACCCAUAGCUGUUUCUGAACUCUUCACCACUUUGCCAGUUGUACAGGGAAAAUCAAGACCAAUUAAAAUUUUAACUAGAUUGACAAUUAUAGUUACAGAUCCAUCUCACUGCAAUGUUUUGAGAGCAACUUCGUCCAGGGUCCGCCUGUAUGAUAUUGUUGCAGUUUUUCCAAAGACAGAAAAGCUUUUUCAUGUUGCUUGCACACAUUUAGAUGUGGAUUUAGUCUGCAUAACUUUAACAGAGAAACUACCAUUUUACUUCAAAAGACCCCCUAUUAAUGUGGCAAUUGACCGAGGCCUGAGCUUUGAACUUGUCUACAGCCCUGCUAUCAGAGACUCCACCAUGAGGAGAUACACUAUUUCCAACGCCCUCAAUUUAAUGCAGAUCUGCAAAGGAAAGAAUGUAAUUAUAUCCAGUGCUGCAGAAAGGCCUUUGGAAAUAAGAGGACCAUAUGAUGUGGCAAACUUAGGUUUGCUGUUUGGACUCUCUGAGAAUGACGCCAAGGCUGCCGUGUCUGCAAAUUGCCGAGUGGCACUUCUCCACGGAGAAACUAGAAAAACCGCUUUUGGAAUUAUUUCUACAGUGAAGAAGCCUCGAUCAUCAGAAGGGGAAGAUGAUUCUCUUCCAGCCUGCAAGAAAGCUAAAUGUGAGGGCUGAAGGGGAUGGCUCAGUCUCUCCACACCGCCUUCCUCCCCUUUACACUUCAUCCACAAUGGAAAUAAAACUCUUGCAAGACA